AUGCCAGCCGCCCAAACAGCGCCAGCGGGUGAACCCACAGCGGUUGCGGAAGGAUUAGCAGCUACGUUGGAGAUAAGCAAACUUAGUGCGGAGUCCGCGAACAGCAUAACCACUGACUUCUCCGCAGUAAACGUGGAGAACGCGCAGCCAUAUGCCACAACUGAGGUGGACACCGAAGCCGAGCUGGCGCCCACAUCACUGCCCAUGACGAGCGAGGAAAUAGCGCUGGCCGAAGUGGCAGCGGUUGUGGCGGAGUUGACAACAGCGGCAGCUGCCGAUAUUAAGGCGCAAGAGCAGGCGUCAGAUGAGGAGAGACAGUGGCAGGUGAGAAGGAGAGCUGAGGAAGCUAAGCGGCAAGCGAUCGAACGCGAAAUCGCUAGCGCCGUUGAAAUGCUGGAAGACGAGAAGGAUAGCGGUGCAGUCACAACACUUACGACUAGCUUUGCGGAUGUAAUUGGAACAACCACAACAGCACAGCCGACAACUGCCGCUCCAACAACUACCGUUGGUCCGGUAAUUUUGAAUGAAUUAGUGAGAGCGGCAGCCGCGGCGAAUGAGAUCUUGGCAGCUGCUUUAAAUGCAGCAACAAUGGCAGGCACAAAUAUCACCAUCGCAACAACAGCCGAUGUGGCUAGUGCAGAUACAACAACAACAACGAAACCAGACAGAGCAACAAACACCGAAUUGGCGAUUGGUGAUGGUCUGUUGGCGGUGAGUGACAGUGAAACGCUGCCGGAAGGCGAAGUCACCUGGCAGCCAAGCGAAAUUGAGACAACAAGCAUAGCAACAACAACAACAAAAGCAAUAAUGAAUAUCGAAACGGCAGAUGCUGCAACUACCAUACCAAUAACAACAAUAGCAUCGGAAACCACGCACAGCGAACCAACGCCCAUCGCAAAUAUUUCAAAUGAAAUUAACGGUGAUAAUUUGUUGGAUAAAUCGUUGGAAAGUGAAGGUUGGCGCGAGGCAGUGACCAAUAGCCCACAGCAAUUAGUAGUAACUGUAAGGCCAAAAGUGUCAGCGGAACCAACUACUACAACAUUGGUCACUGAAGGCACUACCGAAACGCUAGAAGCUCAGAGCAACACAGAGACUGUUUCCUCUUUGGAUUCAGCAGCUCUACUUGAACAUUUCAAUAAAAGCCCAGACAGCGAAGAUACCAAGUAUUCAAUGGAAUCAGUAGAUCACGAGGGUGCAGAGUCCAAGAAAGUAAUAACAACGAAAAAGGCUGAAGAAUCAACCGAAACAACGCCACCCACAGCCGAAAAUGAAGUCGAAGGAGAAACUAAAGACUUACCUAUGGCAGGCUUAGCUGCCACAAGUGCCCAUCAGGUCGCAGAAACAGCAACAGAUGCAGCGAUUAAUGUUGAAGCAACGCAGCAAGCAACAAGUGAUAAGAACGAACGAAAACAUAGCUCAACAAGCGAACCUACUCCGGUUGAGAACUCCAUAAAAGCUGCAGAAUUUGAAAUUGCAAAAGUUGAGGAAGUGAAGCGAGCAAAUUUGCCAGAAGAAAGUAACCAGCCGAACGCAGUGGAAAGUGAAGCCCGCGCACCAAAUAAAUAUCUUAACGCUAUACGCGAAGAAGUAGGAGAUGAAACUGUAGCAACAACAAAUGCAAUACCAGAAGCGAUAACAACUGCCGAAUACAAUGCAGCUGAGGUGGCAGCAGAUACUGCAACAACAACUCCCGAAUCAACACUAGCAGAAGAAAAGUUUGCAGCUGAGCCAACAACGAGUCCAGCAGUUGCUGUGACAACUAUAACGCCAGAAGAAGACACCAUUACAAAAGCCCCCAUAGAGCAAAAUGUGGCUAAUGAAAGCCAAAAGGAAACCGAAAAUGAUCCUAAAGCAAUAAUAACUACGAGUACAAUAACAAAUACAGACGAUGAAACAACGAUCGCGAUUUCGAACGGUGAUUCCUUGGUAACAACAACUACAAGCAAAACAACAACAGAAGCGGCAGUAGCUGAAAAAGAGCUUACAAAGGACCAAAGAAUAGAUGUUCAGGAAGGGUUAGCAAAAACAACAGAAAGUACAAGUGAUCCUGGGACAAUAGUUUCGGUAACAGAACCUACAGUAACACAUCUAGAGGAACGAGUUCACGGAGCUAUUGUGUCCGCUAUCGAAUCUGUCCGCAGCUCAACAGAUGUGCCGCUGGCGGCGUUUACAACAAUGCCACACUCGAUAGAGGAGCUCUUGCACGCCGAGACAACCACCGAAAAAGGUGAUUUGGGAACAAUUUCGUCUGGUGGCAGCACAGAAAAGGCACGGGAAUCAACGACCUUGAGUAGUAAUACAGCAGAAAAUGCACCUUCUAAGACCAGUGAUUUACCAGAAACGUCUGCGGUUGAAAGUGAGAGUAUACUUUCAGAAACAACGGCGGCAACAAAAGUUGCCGAGCUGCCGGAAAGCACAACGGCAACAGCUGAGGAAAAUGCGGUAGUCGCAGAAGCAGGUUUACCAGCAACAACUACAACAAAAGUAGAAACAGAAACGGAAACGGAAACGCUUGCAGCAACUGAGCAGCUAGCAGCAGAGCUAGGAACGACAACAGAAGCAGCACUAGCAGAGCAGGCACUCUACAGGCGCACUUUGGACGCGCAGCGACAUGAAGGGAGCGA